ACGGCUCGUGGGCCCACCCUCCUGUUUUCGUUUGCAUCCGCCAUUUUGCUUCGGUCUACGACAAGGAGCAUACGGGACAGGGUUGUGUCUUCUUUCUACGUGAAUCUUUUUCAUUUUUUAAUAUUCCAGACUGGAUUGAGUUGCCAGAAGAAUCACUACUAGCUGCACGCCCUGACGGUUCACCUGUGCUCUGUGUCCUCAGGGAAGGUUCUUUUGACCUGGAAAAGAAGCAGCCACUGGGUCUGAAGAGUUAUCCAGCCACCUGUUACUCCAGACACGCCAGGAUUAUUAUGACUAACCAUGGAGAUGACUGCUAUUUUUUUUACUAUUCCACCUGCUCUAAGGGAGAUGCUUGUCCGUUUAGACACUGUGAAGCUGCGAUCGGAAAUGAGAUCGUCUGCAACCUUUGGGAGGAGGGCCGGUGUUUCCGCCCUGUCUGCAAGUUUCGCCACAUGAAAAUCACACAUAACCGUAAAGAAAUUGCAUGCUACUGGGAGAACCAGCCUGCGGGUUGCCAGAAGCCACACUGUGCCUUCUUUCAUGAGAAACCUCGCUGCAUUGAUGGACUUUAUGUUCCACCAGACAAAGGUAUAAAGAAGGGUGAGGAAGUUCCCCCGGAAGAGCCGGUGCCCUCACAGCCCACUUUGCCCACUGCAUCCAAUCCCCAGGUCAGAGGUGUUAAAAAGAGCGAAUCACAGGAGCCCGUCCCAAGCCCCACACACCCCCCAGUCGUCAUCAACCCAGCUGAUGAUGACGAAGAUGAAGAUGAUCAGUUCUCAGAGGAGGGAGAGGUUGGAGUGUCUCCCAGAAAGCAACCAGGAGGGUCAAAAUCAGACGAGUCUUUGAACUUUGGUGUCAGCACAUUGGAGGAAAUACGUCUCCGGAGAGCUCUAAAAGCAAGCAUGAAGAGGGCUGUAUAUUCUGUGCCUGGUGGUGAUACAUCUGCUAAUGGUGGCAAAGAAAACUCCUUUAUUCAAAUGAGAGAUGACUUAAGGUGUGGAGUCCCUCUAAGGAGGAGCCUGGCUGAGCGCCUUGGCAAAAUUGUGGAUGAGGUGCAACCUGAAGUACCAUCUCAGAAAUCUUCAAAGUCUGUUAAGCAGAGACUUACAUUGCCAUCAGAUCUUAGUACUGAAACACCAGUUGAAACGAGGUCCAAGAGAACAGAGCAAAUACGAAUUAAAACACUGGAAGAGAUUAAACUAGAAAAAGCAGCAAAAUCACAGAACCCAAAAGAGUGUUCAGCCUCAGAAAUUGCCAUCACCAAAACAAAUACUAUCAAAAACCCCAAAGGUGUGAAGAGAGCCAUCACUGUCAAAGACAACUCAAUCGGCAAUAUUCAAACCUUCUCAGAGAUGCUUCAUAUAAAGAAAAAAAGACAAGAAGAGAAUUCGAAAGAAGAUAAACAUCCAAGUGAAAAGGGAAAAGAGAAAAGCCAGGACAAAGCAGAGCCUGUCGGGUCCCAGGCGAAGGAGAGUGGCGGUGAGAUCCGAGUGAAGACCCUGGAGGAGAUCCGGAGGGAGAAGGCAGCCCGGCUCCAGGCUCAAGAAGAGAUUCAACAAAUGACAACUGACCCCCAGGAGUCCAGCGUUAAGAAACCCCGCUUACUGCGCCUCAAGACGGCUUCACUGAGUAAGGACAUCUCUCAGAAGAGUGAAAAUGUAACAGAGAAGACAUCCAAGUCUACUCCUAAUCCACAUGAGUCUUCUAGUAACGGUAUCAAAGUGAAGACUUUUGAGGAGAUUAUGCGUGAGAAACGUCUUCGCAAAAAUGAGAGUGAGGAGCCAGCCUCCUCUAGUUGCCUGACCAAAAACUCAGCUGAUAUGGAUCUUCCUGCACAGCAAACAAGUUCUGCUGUUAAGAGGAAAGGUUUUGCCAAAAUAACAUUUACUCCGGACUCCUCAACCAAGAAUGAUUCAGGUGUUCACAAAGCCAAGACCACUGCUGUCAAAGUCCCUUUUGCUCCUGUAAAGAACAAUGGCACUGUGUCCAAAGAGAUGGAACCCACAAAUGUCACGCCAGAAAGACACACUCAAGAGUCGGGAACAGACACCAAAGUGAGACCUAAAUUGAACGUGAAGCCGUCCGUUGUGAAGCCGAGUGUGCAUCUAAAGCCUGGACAGAAGAGAAAAGCUCCAGAGCGGUCUGCUGUGGCUGCAGUCAAGCCGCUGAAUAGCACCUCCAACAAUUCUGAGACAGUCUGUACAGACUUACAGGUUUUCUCGCCUGUAUCUUUGAACAGUGCAGAGAGUUCAGAAUUUCUUUGUAAUGCAGUCACCUCCUCUGACUCUGCCUAUAAACCCACACCUGUGUCUCAGGUUCAAGAGGCCCUGGUCCCAGACGCCUCUACAGUUAACCAAAGCCGCACACUGAAAACCCCGUCUCAGACCAAGUCGCGGAGGACCAGUGUGGCUGUGAGCCGUAGCAGCUCAUGCAGCAUAGCCCCUACAUCAGCAGUGGAUGACUUUGAUGAGCUGAUCAGUGAGUUCACCACUGAUGACCCUCUGGAGGACGGUGUGGACCCUGCCCUCGGAGAGGACGACCUGCUGCAGGAGCUGUCCGAGAUGAUUGACAGUUGAAGACUGAGGGCUUUCGCUUAACUUGGUAUUAUGACAUAAUGGUUAUCAAGAAGCCACCAUCUAUUCAAGAUGCACUAAAUAAGUUUUAACAUGUUUUACAUUUAGUUUUUAAAUGAAUUAUUCAGAAUCCCAUCCCGUAGUCUGUUUCCUGAAUGAUCAGAUACAUGGAGAGUUUGGGCUGUUUUAUAUUUCCUUUGUUUUAAGCUUUCACUGUUGGGAAAGUGGAUGUGGUGCUCAUAGAAGUGUCUGUGGACAUGCUCAGGUCAGCAUUGUGUAAAUUAUGAGUGCUUCAUAGAUGUGUAUACUGUGUAUGCGAAACGUGAGAAAAUAAUAAAACAUGUAGCACUUCACUUGGCUUUCUUAUACGCUGGCUCGUCUAUGUCUGAUGUGACUGGCCCAAAUUGUUCUUUUAUUUUUACCUCUCAAAACCUGUAUUAGACUGCUAAGGGACCCUUUCAAAUGGUGUGUAUGCAGUUUGUCAUUAUUGUAAUGAUUAGUUUAUUUUCAGUUUGUCCUUGGAUUUUAGUUAUCUAUGAUGUCUUACCCUUAUGUUUUUAUAUUUGUACCUGUUACUGAUUUCAGGUCCCCUGUAUUAGUGUAUUAUAAAAUUAUGUAAAUAAAAGAUUUUAAUGACA